GGGCCGAGACAGAGGAGAGGAAAGUGAGGGCCGAGCGCUCUUCCUCUUUGUGACUCGUGUCUGCGGAGCGUGGAGAGGCCACCACCCCCUUCCUUUAAAACCCCACUCUCCUGCCUCGCACCUCAGGCUCCGGUACCCAGACGAAGCUGAGACAGAGGAGAGGAACACCUCAGGCUCCGGUACUCCCAGUCCGCCCCCAAAAUCCAGAGGAGAAGAGAAGAGAAGAGGAAGGGCAGAUCUAUGGGCAACUGCAAGAGUUCAUCUCGUGCACUCCGAGGAAAGGCCCAUGUCGUUCCGGACUCAGAAUGGAGGAUGCAGGACUUUGGAAAGACCCAUGUUCCAGAUUUAGAAUGGAAGAUCAAUGACUUCUCAUCGCUGCUUGAGACGGGAGCUAAGUCAGCAGCAUCUGCAGCUUUUCACUGCUCUGGGUAUAACUGGUACCUGAAAGUGAAUCCAGUGCGUAAAGAAACUGGUUCUGAAACGCCAUAUGUUGCUCUUAGUCUUAUGACAUCCCGAGCAAGCAUGAUGCCAGGUCACACGGUGCAUGUUGUUUUUGAGUUGUCAAUAUACAACCAUUCAAAAGGAAUGUACUGUGGAUGCAAAGCUACCUACAACUUUCAUUUCAAGAAUACCUACUCGAAGGAGCAUUGCUUGAUUCCUCUUCAGGAGCUACUGAAAUCACCUGCUUUCCUAGUUAAUGAUAGCUGUGUCUUUGGUGUGGAGAUAUUAAAAAUUGAUGUCUCUUCUCCUGAAAAGAAGGCUUUUGUGGUUCAGAAGAAGGCUACCACAGUUCAGAACCUCUUUGUUCAGAAGAAAGGGUUUGUCAAAGGGACAUACACUUGGAACAUUGACAAUUUCCUUGAACUGGACCUGGAUCACUUUGUCUGUUCUCCUACAUUUGAAGUUGGUGGGCACAAAUGGUACCCAAUUAUAUUUGAAGUGACACUUCCCAUUUUCUUCAACAGGUACGUGCAAAUGUAUCCGCGUGGUGACAAGCACAGCACUGAUUGCCUCAGCUUGUACUUACGCCUGGAUGCCUCUGAUGAGCUCCAUCUCGAGUCCAAGAAGGUGAUUGUAAUGACUCUGUCCAUCCUGGACCAAAAGAAUGGGAAACACUUGACUGCAACUUCAGGUCUCUUGGUGUUUACGGGUGGACACGGCUGGGGAUGGGCUGAUUUCCUUGGACUCAAGAAACUCAAGGACCCUUCUGGAGGUUAUGUUGUAGGAUCGAGCUGCAUUAUGAAGGCGGAUCUCACUAUCUUUGGUUCAUCCAUUGAUGGUUAGAUGUUUACCUCAUGGCCUGAUGGAGAGAUGAUGUGCCCUUACAUCCUACUUAUAACUAGACUUAUAUUUGAGAUAAUGUUGUGGUAGCACUACUAAAAACUUGUGGGAUGAUUAGUAGUAAUGAGCCGGAUUUGAGAAGUGAGAUGACUUCACGCAUAUAUUUCUAGAUAUAUGUAUCGAACAUAAUUAUGUCAACGGAAGUACUUCUAUAUGCAUGGAUGAUGCAGCUA